UGGACGCGGCCUAUCUGGACUCCCAACACAGCGACUGAUGAAAAUCUUGAGACCAAUUUUCAUAUCCAAAACCUUCAGAUCCCGGAAGGUAAUAAUGGCGAAGUACCUCUUGUAGUUCUUUACAAGCUAGGCAGCUUUCAACGUGAUCCUAAGCUCAAGGCAAAAUUGGAUCGAAUAUUCUCCCCUCACGCCAACACGUACGUCGCCACAAUUUUCUUGAUUUAUUGUCAAUUCCUUGUCAAUACAUCUGGUACAGGAAAAACCAGACUCCUCUAUGAAGGGUUAUGUCUCCACUGGGGCUUUUAUUUCACAUGGGCCCUGGAUUCAUUCUUUUUGGGAGGCGAAGAUAUCCCGUCCGUUGUAGACGAGGUAGAUUCUGAACCUAGAUGGACUCCCUAUCUGCCACCCGCUUCCAGUGCGAGACAUGCUUCAUCUCUACAAACCAACAGGAACAUUGUUUACCGUGCGUCUGAUGAAGCCCUAUUGGCUCGACUGCUUCUGUUCAAGAUGUAUCUG